AUGCAUCUGGUCCGCCUUAUCGUAUGCCACCGUGUCAUCCCCCGCCCGCGACUCCCGCUGCGUCCUGGCAUCACCCGGCCCCGUAGCCAGCGGAGCUUCGCACCCAGAGAAGCGCGGCUCCUGAGCACGCAGAUAGCCGCCCAUAAAGACGCAGCUGCAGACCGUGUUCCGCUUCGCAAGGAGUUAAAGGACAAGGCCAAAGCGAAACGGCUGGCAAAGGGCAAGCAGGGCCAGGAUGCGCCGUCUCGAUCGUCGUCGCGGGAGGGCUGGGAGCUGACGGUGGGAAUCGAGGUGCACGCUCAAUUGGACACCGAUGCAAAACUGUUUUCACGAGCCUCCGCCGCGAUCGAAGAUGCACCCAACUCGAACGUCGCGCUUUUCGACCUCGCCUUCCCAGGAACUCAGCCGUUCUGGGAGAUGGCGACAGCUUACACAGAAAUUUCAGAACCGUAUGCUAAGAAUGGUGUUCUUCGGCUGUACGCCCGUGACGGAAUCGCUCCUGAAGACGGAGACUGUGUUGAAAUAGGCAUCAAACAGAUCCAGAUGGAGCAGGACACGGCCAAAUCCCAAGAGCUGCCUUCGCACACCUACCUCCUCGACUUUAAUCGCGUCUCUCGGCCGCUCAUCGAAAUAAUCACCCUGCCUCAGAUCCACUCCCCCGCCACGGCCGCUGCGUGCGUGAAGAAGAUCCAGGCGAUUCUGCAAUCCUGCGGUGCCGUCACAACGGGCAUGGAAAUGGGCGGCCUACGUGCCGACGUCAACGUCUCCGUGCGCAGACGAGAUGCCGAAGCGGGUGCGCAUGGAUACCAAGGAAUAACAGGUUUAGGUCAGCGGACAGAGAUCAAGAACCUGAGCAGCUUCAAGGCCGUUGAGGAUGCGAUCGUUGCCGAAAGGGAUCGCCAAAUCGCAGUGCUGGAAGCCGGCGGGACCAUUGAGGGCGAGACACGCGGAUGGACACUUGGCAGCACAGAAACCAGAAAGCUACGCGGGAAGGAAGGGGAGGUGGAUUAUCGAUACAUGCCCGAUCCCGACCUGGGACCGGUGAUAAUUGGGGAAGAUGUCCUGCUUGAACUUCAAGAUACGAUGCCACCGCUGCCCGAUGACCUGGUGAAAACACUCACGCAGGAUGCAAAGUAUGGCCUCUCUACGGAUGACGCAAAGGCUUUGUUGGAGCUAGACGACGGUGCACGAUUGGACUACUAUCAGGACGCCGUCGACAUGCUCCUCACGCUGCACGCCGAAGAGCCAGCAACAGAAAUGGGCUUUUCUGCAGGCAAGGCGCUUGGGAACUGGGUCCUCCAUGAGCUCGGCGGGCUGUUCAGCAAAUACGAACUCCCCUGGGAUCCAAACCGGGUUUCGGGACAGACGCUCGCGGAGAUCGUGCACCUCCUCUCCCGAAAGUCCAUCACGGGGACGACUGCAAAGUCGCUGCUGGCCACGGCGUUUGGCGGUGAUGCCAGGCCAAUCAAGCAGAUGGUGGAGGAGGACGAUUUGCUGUUCCAACCACUGUCGCGGGAGGAUUAUAUUGCGCUAGCGGAAAGUGUAAUCCAGCAAGAUCCGGAGACUGCACGGGAGAUUCGCGAGAAGGGCAGGGUGGGCAAGCUCAGUUGGUUCAUGGGCCAGAUGAUGCGGGCGGGAGAUCGGGGGAGGAUGGAAGCCGCAAAGGCGCGAGAGGCGCUGGAGGAGCUGCUGCUGAAGUAG